CCGAAAGACGUAUGAGUAUAUAUGAUGAGUCUUUCUUCGUACUUUUGUUCUUUUAUUUUGACUCCAACAGUUCUUACCGUACCACAAAUGUUUUGAAGUUGAUUAUUAUUUGGUUUUGUUUUUGUUUAGCUUUUCGUUGCUUUUCGUUGCUUUGCUUGCAACUUGUGUGUGCAAAAUCGCUUUCCUUGGUUUGGUUGUUUUGUUGAUUGGCCUGGUCUGGUCUGGUCUGGCAUGGCAAGGCAUGGCAUGGCUUGUUUAGUAAAAAGCACUGUGUUCACUUGCAACCGAUUCAGUCUUUGACGAGAUUUUAUCGUCUACGUACGUGUUUUGCUGCGAUUGCGCUGUGCCAAUUUCUAUGCACGUUUAUUUCUAAACACGAGAAAAAUCCAAAUACGCGAAAUUUAGACUGCAAUUCAGCUCGGUCGAUGCGUCAUACAGCAUUCAACAGUCUUCAAGAAUUGUUUGUACUCAGCUUGGUGCUUCUUCACAGUUCGUCGAAACUGUAAACUCACGCUGCGGUUUUUAACGCCUGCCCGGUUGGAGCGGCAGCAGCAGUUUUCCGUUGUUUGCACUCAUUGUUGCACAAUAAUUCUGUUCCGUAUUGUUGACUUAUCACAAAUUUGCCAUCAUUCACGUGCACUUUGCUCGAAUUUGUAGUACAACAAAAGGUGGCGCUUGUGUUCUUGCGGAGCUAGAAAGAAAGGAAGUCCGACGAUAGACCGAAUUAAUUUGCAAUAUUGUACGCGAAAAAAUCGUGAAAACGUGUUUGUGUGCUAUCGUGUACGUGUUCUCCGUCUUCCGACAAAGUUUGGUUCGAUUUCAAGAGGAUGUCCUGACUUCUUCCAGGAAGUAUCAGCUAACUUUCGUCUGCCGCUGUGUAACUUUUGAUAAGAAUUAGUUACGGGUUAAGAAACUUUUCAUCAAUUAGAGACAAAAAUAUUGUCUGUGAAUUUGUUAUUUUGUUAUUCUAACGCCUCGAGGAAGAAUCACAUAAUUUAAUUAUUAUUUAUACAAAUAACUGUGAAAAGCCGUGGAUUUGCGUAAACUCUCUCGGCUUUAGUGAAGAAUUCAGUGGAAGAAUUUAAUUUUCUAAUUCGUUGACUUUCUUUUACGGGUUAAUGUGUGUUUAAUAUAUUAAUUUGUCAAUUUGUCACAUUUAACAAAGCAAAAUAAAUAUAUUUUGACUUUUCAUUAUUAAUUAUAAAAAUUAAAAUCUAAAAUUUAAUAAAAAAAUAUCUCAUAAUGUUGCUGCUUAAAGUGUUCAUUGUCAGUUUCUGCUGCAUUAUUUCCCUCCAACAUUUUUCACAAUGCGCCGAAGAACGAAAGGGAAGAGCAACGGAAAAGGAUACAGCAAAGCAAUCCAACAUUUUUACAAUCAGAAAAUUGGAUACGGCUACUAAGGAUGGAAACAUGAAACAGUCAAAGCCACAAAAACAACAAGAGCAAGAAAUUAAGUUGCAACAACAACAACAACUGUUACAGCAACAACAGCAACUACAGCAACAGUCGAAAACGGGUAAAGUCAAGUCGGCGAACAUAUCAACCGAAACGACGAAGCCGCCCAGAACGAAAAAGCUGAAGAGCGCUACGAAGAGUUCUCAUAGCAUGAAUAAGAAACUUCUAAGCAAAUUGGGUUUUACAAAAGUAAAGGCACCCAACAGCCACAACCGGAAACGUUUGGCAAUUGAGUCACGACGUCAUGCUUCGCCCGAUGAUUCACACAUGUUCAUCAUAAAAUUACCGCCAAAUCUGUAUUAUUACUCGAGUCCCAAGGAAGCUGGCGUGCAAGCGAACUCGAAGAAUGCGUUGGUCCAACAUGCGCAGACAGAAAUUGAGACGAAGCCAGCGGUGCUUAACGCUGAUGCUAACGGGAAAAAGGUCUCUUUUCCAUUCAGCUCGAAUGGUAAGCCAGGACGCAUUUAUCAUUGGAAUUUGCCGGUAAUAAAAAAGAUACUCGAAGAUAAACAGCGCUUUCCGUCUGUCGCAGAUGCAACAAAGGAUCAAUUGAUUGACAUCAAAGAUAUACCAACGUGGAAUAAGCCAUGGGAGAACGAGACUUUUGAAAAAUCCUAUGGCAAGUCAAGUAUGAUGAGCUAUAAAAAAUCAUUGAAACGCAAAUCGCCUUCGUAUUAUGCGCCUGCGACUGCAGUCAAUAAAAAUAGUUUUAAUAAAUAUUUCGCCGGCAAUGGUAAGCCGCGUGGAUUUUAUGUAAUUAAGGAAAAUCAGAAGAAACCACUCUUCUACAAGAAUAUCAUAUCGUAAAUGUGUUAAAAAUAUAAUGAUAACCACAAUAAAAGCAAUAAUAAUAUUUAAGAAAAAUUGCUAUUAAGAAAUUCCAUAAUCCAUAAAAAACCGUACUGAGUGUACUGACUAGAAGUUCAACUUUAAUAGAGUGGGUGUCCCGGUUUUUAAAAGAGGUAUGAUAAUUUUAUCAUAAAAAUCAUAAAAAAAAUAUAUGUUGUUAAAAAGUAGAAAUCAUUUUACAGUAAUAAUUUAUGUUUUUUAUAUGGUAUAACAUAGUUAAAAAAAAACAUGUUAUUACAGUGCUUUGAAGUGUCUACUCACUCUAACAUAGAAAAUAUAUAUAAUUUAUGAGUACUUAAAAACAGCACUUAAGAUA